AUGGCGGUUGGAUCUCCCCUCGCCUACGUGUCGCGCAUCCGUCCCAUAGCGGACCGCCAACCGCACCCUCCCAGCCCAAUUUCCACCGCGUCCCUCUCGGCUCAACUCCCCCGCUCGCCACAGCCCCCCUUCCACCUCUCGCCGGGCCGCCCCUCGCCGCGCACGCGCUCCCCGAGCCACCAUUCCGCCCUCCAAGAACCACCGGAGCGACGCAAGGCAGGCGGCCCAGUCGCGCGCGCGCGCGUGCGCCGGCGCAGCCAUGGCGCGUUCUUGGUCCUGCGCCCUCCGCCUCCUCUUCUUGGCGUCCCUGCUCCUCCUCUGCUCCGCCCUGCCGCCGCCGCCGCCUCCGGGACGCGGGAGCGCGACGGAGCUGACGGACGCCGACGAGGCGGUCCUCGCCAGGAUGUGCAACCCGCGCGCCGGCCCGCGCCCGGCGUGGUGCGAGGAGCUGCACCUGAUCAAGCGGCGCGCCCUCAGGGGAGGCGCGCGGCACCGCCACCACCGCCACCACCACCGCCAGGGCGCGCCCGCGGUGCCGCUGCCCCCGCCGGGCCGCGACGAGGUCGACAUGCGCUACGGCGUCUCCAAGCGGCGCGUCCCCACGGGCCCCAACCCGCUGCACAACUGAGGACGGCCGGCGACGACGGCGGGGCCAGUUCUUGCUUUCUUGGACGGAUCACCGGCAGGCGCCCGGGUUCUUCAGCGAGGAUCGAUCGUCCUCUCUUGUUCCUGCUUUCCGCGGCGGCGCACCCCUCGACUGCGCGGCCGGAAAGGACUUACAAUGGAGGAACGAUCGAUGCCCGCGGCCAGUAACAUAGAUAUAGCAUAUGUAUAGGCCAGUUCUUCUUCUUCUUCUUCUUCUUCUUCCUUGGAAUUCUUGGUUCUUUCGUGUCAUUUUUGCUCUAGUCUAGUAGCAUAAUUUCGCCGUUACCCGGCUCGCGCCAUCAAUCAAUGCAAAGGAAGAAAAGCCCGCAAGUUUUUGUGCC